AAUUGAUAAGAGAUAAGGUUGACGUACAUGGGGAGGUAACUUCACUCAGGGUCGGUGCUAAGCCGGAUUAACAUAAAUUUAAAAGUAUGCAAUAUAAAAAGUAGCAGACCGUCUGUGAUGAAGAUUGAUAUCCAUCCUCUAACGGACGACCCGAACAAGGCGUGGAAAGAACUUUCCCUGACGCAGAAAGUCAUAAAAAUCAAUGUCCCACCGGUGCCUAAAAAGCCUUCGGGAAACAAGUUGAGGAUAGUAUGUAUGAGUGACACGCACUCACUGACCUCUCAUAUUAGAUUUAAAAUUCCCGAUGGAGACAUUUUCAUCCAUGCUGGAGAUUUUACAAGGUGUGGUGCUGAGGGCGAAGUGCUUGAUUUUAAUAAGUGGAUUGGUAAGCUACCACACAAGUAUAAAGUUGUUAUAGCAGGCAACCAUGAGCUGAGUUUUGACCAGACAUUCACGCACCCGCUGAGCCCGAAUCCGAGCAAAUCCAUACCGACACUCGGCAUUCCAAUGGCAAGCAUAUCUGAUGCCAUAUCGACGACCAACAUGAAGGACAAGCUUACAAACUGCCUGUACCUUCAAGAUGAAUCAGUAGUUAUUGCAGGAUUGAAGAUAUACGGAUCUCCGUGCACUUUGUACAGCUUAUAUAGAAGGGGAACUCCAAACAAAAUCGAUAUUCUUGUUACACACACGCCUCCACGGCAGCCAGAAUUCCACGGUUGGGCUUUUAACGUUCCAAGAGGACGCAAAUGUUUAGAAAAAUGGGACCUGAUACCAGACGACACCGAUAUUCUCGUUACGCACACCCCUCCGAUCGGGCAUGGUGAUCUCUGCUGCUCUGGAGUUCGAGCUGGGUGUGUUGAACUCUUGUCAACCGUGCAAAGACGUGUUAAACCCAAAUAUCACGUUUUCGGCCACAUUCACGAAGGCUAUGGGAUAACAACCGAUGGCAGUGUGAUAUACGUCAACGCAUCGACUUGUAACAUCCAAUACAACCCUGUAAACCCACCAAUUGUAUUUGAUGUAGCAAUACCAGAAGGGGCAAGAUAUUAAUUGCAUUUUUUUUAAUACUUAAUGCGACCAUUGAUAAAAAAAAAAGUGAUAUUUAAUAAUUC